UUCAAAUUCAAUUUAUGCGUAACUUAGUAACGGCACUAGACUUUUGGUUAAUUAAACAAAAAAAGUUAUUAAUUAUAAUUUACCAUAUAAUAAUCGAUCAAAAUGAGUAUCUUGGGAUACAACGGCGGUGCAGUUUUAGCCAUGAGAGGUUUUGAUUGCGUCGGAAUCGCCACUGAUCACAGAUUUGGCAUUCAAGGAAUGACUAUAAGCUUAGACAUGCCAAAAGUUUUUGAAAUCGGCCCCCAUCUCUAUUUAGGGCUACCAGGCUUAUCAACUGAUAUGCAAACAGUUAAAGAAAGACUUAUAUUUAGAAAAAACAUUUACGAGCUGUCCGAAAAUCGAACGAUGUCCCCAAAAACGUUCUCCCACAUCACCUCCAAUUUAUUGUACGAACACCGUUUCGGGCCGUACUUUGUGGAACCGAUAAUUGCAGGUUUGAAAGAUGGUGUGGAGCCUUUUAUUUGUAACAUGGACUUUAUAGGCUGCAGAAAUGUUGCAGAAGAUUUUGUGGUCGGGGGCACAUGUUCUGAACAGAUGUAUGGUAUGUGUGAGGCUAUUUAUGAACCUGAUAUGCACCCGGAUGAGUUAUUUGAAUGCAUUUCACAAGUUUUAAUGAAUGCAGCUGAUCGAGAUGCUGGAUCUGGUUGGGGAGCUACAAUUCAUGUUAUUGAGAAAGAUAAAGUUACUCAACGAAAAUUAAAGACCCGGAUGGAUUAA